UCAUGGCUUCAAAUGUCAAUGAUGAUCCAGAUUUGGAUUGUGGAAAUAAUACAACUUCAUGGGAAACAGCACUUCCCAGUCUCUAUUUUAUAAUUUUCCCCCCUGCUCUUCUGCUAAACCUUGUAGUGGCUUGGACAUGUUUACACCUCAAGUCCGAUUCUACUUUCAUGGUGUACCUGAAGCACUUGGUGGCAGCCGACCUCCUCAUGACCUUGACUUUUCCUAUCCGAGGUGCCAGCAAGCUCACAAAUGCCUCAGAUGGGCUAAACGCUUUCACUUGCCGAUUCUCAAGCCCUGUCUUCUACCUGGCCAUGAACAUGAGUGUGAUAUUGAUGGGACUCAUCAGCCUGGACCGCUACUUAAAAAUUGUGAGAUCUGGAGGAAGUCUUCUAUGUCAGAACCUGUUAUUUAGUAAUGUCUUAUCAUUCACUUUCUGGAUUGCGUUAAUCGGCACUACUGCGAUCCCGAUUAUUAUAACAUCAAAUCAAGAUCGCACAAAUAAGACUGGAGAGUUCUGCAUGAACAUGAAAAGCAAACUAGGAAUUACUUGGCACACGGGAGUCGUCAAUGUGGGCGAAACAAUUUUUUGGACAAGCUGCAUUUUAAUUGUGUUUUGUUAUAUUUGCAUUGCUAAGACAGUUUUGGAGUCGUAUCAAAGAGCUCGCAGCAAUAGCGGAAAUAUAUGGAAACGUAAAGCAAAGCUUCGGGUUUUUCUUAUUCUUAUCGUGUUUUGUAUCUGCUACGUACCGUACUACUGCGUCCGAAUACCUUAUACUAAACUACAGGUUCAAAGCAAUAGCACAUGUUCCAAACUUAAAAUUGCAGAAGACUUUUUGCUCUGGAUCUCAGCUCUAAAUGUAUGCCUGGACCCUCUGAUCUACUUUUUUCUCUGCAAGGCUUUUAGGCAAAUGUUUUGGAAGACAUUUAACUUUAAAAGACUUUUUCCAUCCUUUGGAAAAAACAAUGAGGCAUGUCAGUCCUGAGAUAUUUCACUCUAAGUGGACUUUAUUUUCCCCCUUAACUUUGUCUGCUAAUUGUAGCCAUGGUGAUUUUAAUGCUGUAUAGCUUUAAACUUUUGCUUUAAAGUGACAGUUUGUGCAGAAUGCUGACCAUAGCAUUGUAUUGAAACCACAUCAGGAAGCUAACACUGUGCACUGUCUCACGCUAGGAACUAAAAUAUAUUUCUACACAUCUGUGUUUGUUAAG